GAGGAACUAAAUACGGGUGCCCGACACUUGUUGAUGUGACCAGCGGCCGGCCGUGAACUUUGAAGCGAUGAACCAGGAAAUGGUAGAAAUUUAGUCAGAACACGGACACGGUCAGAACGACGGUCAGAACGACGGCGUCUGUCGACCCCGGCACGUACAUGAAUCAUGAAUGGAAGAUAUUGUCGCAAUUCUAUCUGUCAUGGCGGUUAGUUGAUGAAUUCCGAUCAAGUGAGUUGGUGACUUCAUGCUGAUUUGUAUUUACUAGCAACAAGUUAUAACACAGAGCCAACAUGGAGAGUUCAUUUGAUCCAUUUGAUCUGACCAUACUGUACACUGAGGACACCAUCCAGUGGUGUGAGUAUCUCUUUGACAUCUUCAAAGACUUUGAGAUCCAGCAGAACUCGGAAGACAUCACUGAGUUUCCAACCAACCAUAGAACCUUGCAGAGCAUCCAGGACUCGCUGGUGACUGUUGUCAUCAUCUCACCGCUCUUUCUUCAGAAAUGCAACCCUCGGAUGCAGGAGCACAUCCACCAGGCAGUGGGUCUGAUCUGUGGGAUAGAUGAUGCAGAUAUGGAAGAACUUUACCAGAAGAUGCCCUCUUCCAGGGACUGGUACCAAGUUGAGGCGGUGGCUGGCAGUGCUGAGAUCAGCAAAGUGGUCCUGAAAGUGCUACAUGAUGCCAAUGAUGUGAAAGAACGGCACAGACAGGGGGAAAUUGAAGACACCUACAUUGAGGUCAAUGAUGGAGUAGAGGGGUUUAUCCAGAGUGACUACAUGGUCAUGGAAAACCUGGGUGGCAAACCUAAGGUCAUUGGUGGUCCAGAGAAUACUUACUUUGUGCCCGACCAGCCAGACAUGCCAGAGGAGACAUAUGAAUCCAUGAUGGCCAUACAGGCACCUGUGGGAUCUGGCCAUGUUUUUCAGCCAAGUAGUCAGGGAUACGUUGACAUGAAGGAAGCCAAGCAUUUGUCACAGUGCAGUGCCGGCCUCACGAUUCAUCCUGAGAGGGCAAGAAGCGGGGAGGAAGGCUCGCUAUACAUUCUGCUCAAUGAUCCACUUGCCAAUGACCAGUACACUGUCAGCUUUCAGGGCCAGCUGAAAAAGAGCGAGGUUAUCGCCAAGCAGAAGAACACUUACACUCUACAGGUUGACCUUCCUAAAGACCACCCAGCAGAGCUGACUGAUGUGCAAGUGACCCGUACGAAUCGGGCCGUGGUGGGCACCUUCAAGUUUAUCUUCACUAGUAUCAUGGAUGAGUUAGCUCAGACCCUACAAGGCAUUGUAGACCCAAUGAGGUUUAUGUGUCAAGCCUUAGGCAUAUCCACAGCUGAUGCCAAUGAGCUGGACAAUAAGCUGUAUGAACACAUCCAAACAUGUCUACCCUCGGGUGGACUGAAUUUACUGGUGGGUCAGAGCGGUGCAGAACAAAAAGUCAUUACAGAAGUUCCCACGGCUCUUCAUUUUGCUGCCAAGUAUGGGCUGAAGAAUAUCUGCUCCAUGCUGAUCACCUGUCCUGGUGCAGUGCAAGCUAUGAAGCUCAAGAACAGGGAUGGCCUAACGCCGGACAUCAUGGCAGGAAUGAGUGGCCACAGCGAUCUCAAGAGCUUUCUAGAAAACUUUGUGGAAGUUGCAGAAGAUGAGAGCAUUCCAGGCGUGGGUGGCAAUCCUUCCUCCUACAUGUUCAUGAAAACUGGUUUGAUUUACCUGAAUCAAACUGCAGUCCAGAGUCAGCUGAGUAAAGAGCAGGCAUCAGACUACGAUUCACCAUUCAUUGUGCCAAUACCUGCAAAGGGGGUGCCAUUCACAAGGGAAGAAACCAUCAAAAAACUGGUGCAAGGUGAGCAGGAAGACAUAGAGGAAUACUACGGCAGCCUAGCCAUCGAUAUGAGCAGCUUUGAGCGUGAUCAAGACGGGGAGGAAGAUUACGAAAAAGUGGAGGAUGAAUCGGGGCUGAGGAAACGAUCCACUAAAAGAUCCCAUCUGAAGCAGCGGGCACCAUGGCAACAAACAGAGGAGAAACCCAGUGCGACUGAAAUGGUGCUACCCCCUCCCGUGGAACCACGUCUUGCCCCUCCCCCGUCAGAACAAGAAGGCGAGGCACCAGAGAAACCACCUCCAAGGAAAAAUGUGAAAGCCGAGGAUAUCCUGGGGCUGCAGCCGUUAGCUACUGGUCAGCAACAUCUUAUAGAGAUCCAGAACCGUGUCAAGAACAGUGAAGUGACGGUAGAUGAGGCAGUUAUGCUCUUCAAGAACUGGGAACUUCUGCAAGAGAAAGACAGAUUGUCCUUCUCAGCCCAAGUGGAAACUCUGAAAGUCCUUAAGCAGCACAAGCAGAAAGCCAAACAAACUGGUGGGCCUCGUGGCUUCUUCACCAAGAAAAAGAAAGGUGGGCCUGUCGGGGAGCACAUUGGACAGUCCAUAUUUUACUCCCCUGGAUCACCGGUGGUGAAGGUCGCGGGGCUCGUGGCAACAUGUUCACAAGCACUGGGUUUUCUUAACAAACCCACACGGAAGGGCAGAGCCCAGUCAGAGCCCCUAAUUUCCAGUUGCUAUGCUCCACAACCAGCGCCUCCAGUAUCCCUGAAAUUCCAGGAAAGAAUGAUCCAAUCAGAGAUUUCUGUUCAAAAUCGGCCUACAAGCACUACAAGUCUAGACUCCCAUGGCAGUAGAGACAGUUCUUACAAUUCAGCACCAGAUGAGCCUGAUCAGGAGAAAUAUCAUUCCUCACCUGCAUCAACCACACCCGCAUCUAGACGACAGACCCAGCAAGAUAGAAAUAAGAGAAUCUCAGCGGCCUACGACCAGUUAUCCAAUGUCCCCGAAAAGAGUAUGCCGCCAGUGCCUAGCCGGUCUACUGCACCCAAGCCAGGAGUCCCACCUUGUACCCUCCCAAUGAUCCCCAAACCUUCACCACCGUAUGGCCACUACCAGCCUUCACCUUCCCCCUCCCCUGGGGAGGAGGAUCAGCCCGACUACAUGGAAUUUGAUGAGGAGCCUAUACCUGGGGACCUGCCUGGGCUACCUCCCCCACCCCCACCCACAGAGAUGGGUGCUGAAAGAGCCUUGGAUGUCAAAACUCCAGUCUCUCCCACUCAGAGCUCUCGUUAUUCAGAGUCUCCAUUAUCAGCAUCAAAGUACCCCCAAGUAACUCCCAGACAGCCUGCUCAGAAAAGGCCCAUCCCAAAACCUAGGCUUGCUCCAAGAUAGGUUGGUUUGUACAGUCAAAGGGUAUUUUACCUUUCCACUUUGGGACCAUUUUUUAUGGUAUCCGUAAAGAAAACCAACCCCAGCAUUCAAAUCCUGGGAGUUGCUGUUUAGAUUAUUCAUAAAGGCGCGCACGAUAACCCUACCACAUCGGUGCAUCAGUGCAGCAAGAUACAAGUGUGUACAGUGCGAAUGAAAGGAUUUGCAACUAAAAAAUGUACAUAAACGUGAAAUCUGUUUCGUUUUCCAUGUAGCCUGGUUUUCAUGAUAAAUAUGGCAUACAAAACAUACUGAGUAAUUUGAAAAGUUGGUUACGGAUACCUGAUUCCGUAAUCUGGAACCGGUUCCUGACAUCAACGGUCGGGUACUCAGGUACCUGGUUCCAAUGCACAGCCCCUGUGUUCCACCUUGGAGCUCUCACUAGUGCUGACAAAGCAUCCUCUACUAUUCAUGGAUAAAGUCCAUAGGUUCAAGUACAUGUACAUGGGCUACAAUAGAGAGGUGUCAGCAAACACAAGCCAGUAGAAUCUUGCUCAAAGUUGGAUGAUGAACCGGACAGAAAGUGUUACAUUCCCUUGGGAAUUUAAGAAUUUUUCAGUAUGUAUUGGUAGAGUUGGGGAUGGCUGUCAAUCCUGAAAACUGAGAUCUUUAAUUGAAUCUCUCAGACAAAAAUAACUACAAAUUCCUCCAAAAACCCACUAAAUAUGAACAUUACAGGGUGUAUAAAAAAAUGUAAUCCAAACAUAUUGUAUGAGUGUAUUACAAUUAUGAAAGUGAACACUGUCAGGAUGGCUGCAUCUGAAAGGGUGAAUUCCCAGCUUUCUAUUCCUGGAGUCAUGAAUGAAUAGGUAAUGAAGUGAAAUCAAUGGUCACCAUUACAGCAGGGUUACAAGUAAGUAAUCAAUGUACCACUACGCUAACAUAGCUCAACUUGUUUCAACAUAGCUACUAGUUUUGGAUUACAUGUUUAAUACACCCUGUACACAUAUAUAUGUACUACAUGUAUAGAUGUUUAGAGAAAUUAGGACCUAAUAUGUACCUUUAAUAGAAAUUAUUAAAUGAUGACAACUAUAAAAUGAUUUGAGAUCAUGUAUAGAUGUAGAUUAGUACUGUUAGUUUGAAAAGGGACAUGUGUUUUACUGCAAAUUAGACAAAGGCCGUUAAUAAGUCGUCACGUUGGGGACGGAAAACUUAGAACACGUUUUCUUUAUUUGAAGGCUUUGUCUGGGAACGCAUUUUUGAGGGACCCAAAAAAAAUGGUUUCUGUGUUUGAAUUAAAUUGCUCAAACAUGUUGUAAAAGGUCUUAAUGUAAACAGCUAACAUCACAUUCUAGGCAGUCAAAGAGCAUAAGACUUUACCUCUGUUAGGAAACUUCAAAAUUGUCCAAAAGUUAAGAAGUGCUUCCAUUACCAUUCCUUCAUUUUCAAGUGUGUACGUUACAAUUUAAAUAGGAGACUUAAUUGUUUUCACAAUUUUUUUAGCAUAAUGUUCUAAUUGUACUCAUCACAAACUAUGUGUUUGAUAAGGCAGGAAUGCAUCAUGUACAAAGGUUUUGUACACAGGUUUUGUGUAGAUAAAUUGUAGAAUCAUAAUACAUGUAUCAUAGCUUGAAAUAUGUAGUACAGUGUAGAAUUAUGUGUGUGUAUUUAUAUCACGUUUAAUUAGGCAGAUGCAUCAUUGUGUGAUUUUUUUCUCAGAUACCUGUGUUAUUAUAUGUUGAGUGUGGAUAUUUAUUAGCAGUUUAACAGACAUUCAUCAGCAGACCAGUGGAUACUGCCAUACAUCAGCUGUUGAGUGGAUGCUGUUACAUCAGCAGUUUUGUGGAUGCUGCAAUACAUCAGCAGAA